CCCUGGUCCCCUUGGUCAGUCUGCACUGCUACCUGUGGGGUGCAGAACAAAAUGCGGAUUCGUAUGUGCACACACCCGGAGAGUGGAAUGCGUUGUGAGGGACCAUCAGCGGAAUUGAUGGGAUGUGAGGCGCUCAGACCUUGCCCAGUCAACGGGGAGUGGUCGGAGUGGUCACCCUGGUCUCCAUGCACUGCCUCCUGUGCCGGCAUCAAGAGACGAGUUCGUAUCUGUGACAACCCCACUCCAGCCAACGGGGGCCUCCCCUGCAGCGGCUCCCUCGAGCAGGCUAUGCCCUGCGGAAAUGCUGACUGCCCAGUCACUGGGUUUUGGUCGAUCUGGACAGCGUGGAGCCCUUGCCCUGUCAGCUGUGGUUUGGGGAUAAUGAAACGUUCUCGCACCUGCAAUGCUCCAUUUUUCAAGAAAAGUGCAACUCAUUGUGUGGGGCAUAAUCAAGAAGAAAGAUCAUGUGGCUUUCCGGUUGAUUACUGCAAAUAUCUGUCUCAACCUACAGACUCUAUCUUAACAGGGAAAUGGAUAUAAGGGUGUGUUUGUUCACUGUCCAGCACUGCUGACUAUCUGCCAGUAUAUCAUUUAUCCCAGGGAUCAGCAAAGUGCACCAGGCUGUAUUUUUUGUAAAUUUAUUGUUUAUAUAUUAAAGACUCUCAGUUUUGAAGCGUACUGACUUCUCAUUGUUAUGUAUUCUGAUUCAGAUUAUUAUCCAAUAAAAGAGUGAAGAACUGAUACCUGUUUCUGUGCUAACUACUCCCUUAAGGACUAACCCUUGGACCGGUACGAGACCGACCCUUGGACCGGUACGGGACUAACCCUUGGAUCAGUAUGGGAUCAAAGGAAACUGUCUCCUUGGGUGGACUGAUUUUGUCCCAACACCCGUGACAGUGACAAACAUUAAUAUUGUAAUCAAUCAUAAGCCAAUUUAGUAAUGUAAUGUUAACUUCAAAGCACUUUGAUAAACUUAAACUUUUAACAAAAUAUAUUUGUACCUAUUAUGUUGGUCAUCUUUCCUUCAACUUUGCUUUCAUUCUAUUCUUUUUGGGCACUCAGAGAUUCAGAGGAUGUGGGAAUUCUGCAGGGAUGUGGAGAGGCUCAGCAUCUGCUGUGAUCUUGUUGAACAGUAGAACACCUGGAGUGACCAACUGGCCAACUUUUGCUUCUAUUUCCAAGUCUCAUUGAUUUGUUUAUUCCACCUCUUUUUCUUUGGACCAGUUUAUGUUUUCUCAGCCAGUGUAAAAUCUGCAUUGGGACAACAUUCCCGAACCAUUAGUGAAGAGGUAGAAACAGAACUUUCAGAAAAUCAUUAGACAACGGAGCAGAACAAAAUGGUUUGUGAAAGGGAAGCUUUAAGAAAUUUGCUAGAGUUUGCUGAGGAUGUUUAAAAACAAGGUAGAUCAAGGGGAACCAGUAGAUCUAGAUCCCCAGAAGACAAUUAAUUAGGUACCACAGUAAAGGUUACUGCAUAAAAUGAGAGCUCAAGAGGUUGGGGACAAUAUAUUGAUACAGAUGAGAGUGGGUAAGUACUGAACAGUGAAUUAGGAGAAAUGGGUCAUGUUUGAAUUAGUGAUCGGUACUAGUGGAGUGCCACGGGGGUCAGUGCUGGGGCCUCAGCUAUUUACAGUCCAUAUUCAUGACUUGGAUGAAGGGUCUGUGUGUACUGCAUCCAAAUUUGCUGAUUAUACCAAGAUAGGUUAGCAAGUUGUAAGGACACAGAGCUUGCAAAGGAUGUAGCUGGAGUAUAACGUAGAAAAAUGUGAGGUUGUCUAUCUUG